AUGAAUCAGUAUACACCAUCACAGAUUAAUCGACUACAGGAGGACCCAAGCAUAGACCCCGAUCAAAAGAAUCAAAGAGGAUCUUUUUCAUCUCAGCGAGACUUUUACUUGAGUCAGGAUUUCACAAUGGAUCAUCAACAACAACAGGAAAGCUCAUUCCCUCCACAAUCAAGCUAUGAUUCCGUUGAAUUGAGAGGCUUUGACCUGGAAGGGACUACCGGUGUACAGUCUUCCUGUAUUACAGUGGAACACUCGGCCAUUCAGAAGAUACCAGCACCAUUGCUUCUGGAGAUCAAUGAUAUAAAUUUACAACAAGCUUUAAUAAUAAAAGAUAUCUUGUUCACGCUCCUAGGAUUUGAAGGUCACUAUAUCCAAUACAGCAAAACCUACGAUCGAUCCUCGAUGCAUUCUAAAGUUUUAGGACCGGAUUUCAAGGUUGCAAAGAAUUUGGAUGUCAGUUUGAAAACAGUCACUAAAAGAAUAAUACGUAUUGGGAAAUAUUACAGUGGACUAACUGCAUUUACCCAAGUUUACGACGAUGCAACCUAUGGAAAAAUAAUUCAAGCCUUUUGUCACAGCACAGCCGUGUUUUUCAAACAGUACACUGACAUACUCGUCAGUCUAGAGCAUGAGUUUCAUCACAACUCAACAUUCAAUAUCAACAUACUCGAACAAGUUUUAUACCAAGAGGUUGCUAACAAAAUGUCACAUAUGUAUUCUAUUGCCAAAUCUAUACACGAGUUAAAUGACAAGAGACACCAUUUACUACAGGAGGAGCCAAGUAGCCGAAACUUGCAUCGCUUAGAGACUGAUAUGUACACUGAGAAGAUGAAAGUAUGUAAAGGUGGACUCGUAUUGAGGAUAAUCCAAGAAAGGAUUUCUGCCUUUAAAGGUGAUGCUAUUUCACACAAUUUCCUAACAGAGCUUUAUGAUGAAGUGAGUGUCGAGUAUGUGCUGAUGUUGAAUCGAUGGCUAACCGAAGGAUCAAUUGAGGAUCCUUUUGAUGAGUUUAUGAUAAGAGUAGCCAAAAUACCCAAAGGACUACAGUCAUUUUUUCAACAAAGAAGUGAUUUCUACUGGAACGAAUUGUUUUUGAUAAAAGAGGAUGGCUUGCUUGAUCAGUUCUCUGACGUGAAGAUUCAGAAUAAGAUCAUCAAUACGGGCAAAUAUCUAAGCAUGUUCAAGAUGUGCACCAACUUGCAUAAUUUUCAGUAUUUACGUGAGAUUUUGGAAGGUGUCAAGAGUCUUAAUGCACCAGAUUUGGAACUUAAGAUAGAUUUAUUUGCCACACGAGCCAACAAAAUGCUAUUAAAACUAUUAUUUGAAGGGUAUAAAUUUCCCAAAUUGGUUGGAGCAUUUCAAACACUUUUCUUUUUCGACAAUUCAUUCAAAAUUGACUCAUUUAUUGAUUCGGCAUUUCAAGAUUUGAGGCGAAACAAGUAUAAGAUAUCCACUCUGAAGAUUCUGAGACUAUAUAACGAAAACUUCAUCUCAGUGUCAGAAAAAGAGCACAAUACCUCAUCUGCUAAACUUGAGGAGUGUAAUCAGCGAUUCACAAUCACUGUUGAAAACUUUUUCAGGGCCACUGAAGAAUUGAUAGCAAGAAAAGAGUCCGACAUAUCAGGAUAUGAUCUUCAGAAUUUGAUCCAAGAACGUAACAGUAGUGGGGAGCUAAGAAACGAAGUUGAUGAAGGUCCCAAAAGGGGACAGAACGAUCGAGUUGAUGAUGUGGCAUUCCUAAGUGUCGAUGUGACUGUCCCGCUUCAAUUUCCAUUGAACUAUGUCUUGAAUAGGCAAACAUCGUACCAAUAUGAGACCCUAUUCAAAUUCUUAUUUAUGCUAAAAUUCGUGACCAAACAAAUUGAGAACAAUUGGCAAGAUAUCAAUACGUCAAAAAUAUGGACGGAGAAAUCAUUUCCCCAAAGGGUACAGAAAUGGAUAUUGAGGUGCAGAAUGCUUCACUCGCGUAUCUUAACAUUUGUGACUCAUUUCGAAUCGUAUGUAAUGCAUGAUGUGAUUGAAACUAACUACAACCAGGUCCACCAAAUGUUGAAUGAGUACGGAAUCCAACUAGCUGCGGCAGAGUUGGGCUCAAACAUAACAGAAAGCGACCAAAUACUCAAUUCCAAACUACUGAGCAAUUAUGGAAUGAAUGCAAUUUUUGAUCAAAGGAUCAAUUCACGCAAGGCAACGACCACAAAUGAGACGUUAUCGGUUCACGACUUGAAAUCAAAGUUGGAGACAUAUACAACUGUUAUACUUAGUGAUGCCUUGUUGACACGCUCGGAGUCUCUACUAUGCGUCAGGGAAAUGUUUUAUUUUAUUAUCCAAUUUCAAACUUAUACUAUUCAAAUGAAGAAAAUGUUGGUAUUGAUUCAUCCGGAAUUGCAUGAAACGUUUUCCAAAGAGUUCCCUGGAAAAUUCAACAAACCAAUGGAUAAAGAACUGAUACAACAAAGACUCAAUUACAUGGACGAAAGCUUUUUUUUACGUUACCAAAAAUUUGGAGAGCUUCUCGCUUAUUUCCUCACCACAAUCAAAAGAAUUGGCGAGAAAGAAAACAGAAAACUACUAGAAUUAAGUGACAGAUUAGAGCUGUGUUUCCCUGAAUAA